AUGGACGAGGCGACGGGGCUGCGCGAGCUGGAGCGCAGGCUCCGAGAGAGCGGUGCAUUCGAGAGGGUGCAGCACGACCCGACAGUCCUGAUCCGCUUCCUGGCGGCCGGCGGCCGCGACCCCAAAAAGGCGGCGGGGCUGGUGGAGGCGAUGCUGAGGUGGCGCACAGACAGCGGGAUCGACCGGCUCGUGCGCGAGUUUGAGUUUGCGGAGCGCGGCGUGUGCAUGGAGGCCUACCCUCAAGGGUACCACAAAACGGACAAGAAGGGCCGCCCCGUGUACAUCCAGCAACUCGGCCGCGCUGACAUCGACACUGUCAUGGCGGUUACGACCGAGCAGCGCCUAGUCAGCCUGCACAUCCAGGAGGUGGAGAAGCUCUUCGGCGUCAUCCUCCCCGCCUGCAACGCGCUCGCUGGCGCGGCCCCGCGCGCGACGGCCGCGGCGCCGCCGGCGGUGCGGGGAACGUGCAGCGUGCUGGACCUGUCGGGGGUCGGGUUCGGGUCGCUGAUCAAGGCGAAGCGGCUGCUGACGCUGUUCCUCGCGCUGGACGCCGCCUACUUUCCAGAUACGAUCGACGCGAUGCUGGUCAUCGGCGCCCCCUCCUGGUUUUCUGGCGUGCUGGCCGCCAUGCGGGCGCUGCUGACGCCCGAGCAGCAGGCGCGCAUGGAGGUCAUACCGGGGGACUACAGGCCGCGGCUCCGGGAGCUCAUCGGGGCGGAAAACCUACUGGAUCGCGGCCCCGUGCAAGCAUGA